AUGCCUAUUGGUUGGUUGCCAUUGGAGCCUGUGAAAGUUUCUACAGUGAAAGAAGAAGGUGAAGGCUCUGGAGUUGUUAAAGAAGAGACUGCCCAAACUGUUGUCGUCAUUGAGCAUUGUGUUGGUUUUUUUCUUUUACCAAAGGUAAAAUCGCCUCCUCAAGAGAUAUUACUAAAGCUGAAGAAGGAGCCAGAGUUGAAGGAAUUGUCACAAGAAAGCUCCAAGACUGUAUUUAAGCUUGGUUUAUCUAAGAUUCAAUGUUCUCUGUUGAUGAAUGGACUUUUUAUUGAUCCCACCGAGGAAGCUCUACUAAAUGCCUUGAAUGAUGAGACUCAGAGAUUACAGGAACAAGUAUAUUUUGGACAAAUAAAAUCUCACACUGAUGUAUUGGACAAGCUCCUAUCAGAAGCUGGUAUUCAAGGCUAUAAUCCUCGGAUUAUUUCUGAUAACAAACCAAGGUUCAUAUCUCUUGCGAUGUUUACUUUUGGAGAGGCAUCUAUACUAAACGGGAUUAACUAUUUGCAUUCUCCUGGAAGUAAGUUGUUUGAUAUGUUAAAAUAAACAGGUCCAUUCCUA